AUGACCCCUCCAUCCGAGCACCUUGCGAACCCCUCGUCCCCUGCAGUCAGCAUCCCUCCGAUCCCUCCAAUACCACCGGGUAGCAGGAAACAUGCUUCUACAUUCUCCAUCGAUACGAAAACUUCCGUCAGGACCUCGAGGAGUCGUCAGGAAUACAUGGAUAGCUUGGAGAUGCCAACGCGCGAGAUGGUGGAGAGGAUCAAUAACGUGCAAGAGCAGAAAGAGGAGGAGGGUAUUAGGAGGAGGUUGAGUGUUGACAAGCCGGAUUUAAACGACGAGGAGAAAGCUAGAGCGGCUAGAUUGAUACAAAGGAAUUAUAGGGGCCACCGCGAACGUCGAAUGAUAAAUGGCAUGAGUCUGGACCCCAGCUCGCGAUGGCUUGAAGCAAUCAAGGAGGCACGGUACAGGAAUUUACUCCAGCCAAGGCCAAGGAAUAGUAUGGACGGGAAUGAAAACGAUAUGGAAAGUCUGCCGGGAUCACUUCCAACUAGGGGAAGUUGGGGUCAUCAAAGACACGGAAGUGCCGCCAAGCAGAACUGGAGGAAGGUUGGGUUGGUUGCGAGAAGGGCAGGCGGUGAUGAAGAUCCGGAUUCUGAUGAGGAGAGUACAAGUGAGGAGAAUCUGCCGGCCGAUGAACGAGAAGCGCGUCGAAAACGUCGGGCGGAGCAGAAGCUCGAACGCCAGCGCGCUGCGAAAAUUAUGGAUCUGCAAUACUUCCUAGAGAUGGUAGACCUUAAGCAUAGAUAUGGGUCGAAUCUCAGAACUUACCACCAAGAGUGGAAGAAAGCUGAUACGAAAGAAAAUUUCUUCUACUGGCUGGACUAUGGUGAAGGUCGAUUCAUUGACUGCCAAGGUUGCUCGAGAGAACGACUAGAGAAGGAACAAGUUCGAUACCUGUCGAGAGAAGAACGGCUUAAUUAUCUGGUGAAAAUAAACAAGGAUGGGAGGUUGUGCUGGGCGAAGAAUGGCACUUUAAUAGAUACGACAGUAAGAUAUAAGGACAGUAUCCAUGGAAUCGUGCCGACGGAGGACUCUACCCCGGCUUACGCACCAGCCGUGGAAGACAGCGCCUACUGGGACGAACGCUCUUCAAGUGAUGGCUCAUCAACUUCGGAUUCAGAUUCAGAUGACCAAUCGAUAGCGGCGAACAAAUACACUACGCCUGAAUUUGACAAUGCUCGAGGUAUAAAAAAGAUUAGACAUGUCUCAGCGACUACCAUAUUCAACAAAAUGCUUCGAGGAUCUGUUACGAAGAACACCUGGAUCUUUGUUGCCGACACGAGUUUUCGAUUGUAUGUUGGAAUCAAACAAUCUGGUACUUUCCAACAUUCGUCAUUCUUGCAUGGAGCUCGGAUAUCAGCUGCUGGUUCCAUCAAGAUCAAGAAUGGGAGACUAUCUAAGCUUAGCCCGCUCAGUGGCCACUAUCGGCCUCCUGUAUCAAAUUUCCGAGCAUUCGUUAAUUCUCUGAAGGUGGAAGGCGUUGAUAUGAGCCACGUUUCAAUAUCCCGCUCAUUCGCCGUCCUAGUGGGAUUAGAGGCCUACGUCAAAACCCGCCGAAGGGGCAAGAAGUUGCUCAAGAAGUUUUCUUAUCAUCGCGAGAAGCUCCUCUCACCCGCAGAACUAGCUAAAAGAGAGGAGGAGGAACAAGAUAAGAGCGAGAGUGCCGCGAGAGAAAGAAAAGUCCUCGAGAUGAAACAACAAGCCGAAAAGGAGGAGAAGAGGGAGCACAGUGUGAUUAAUACUAAGCUGCUUGAUAAACUGCAUAUCACACCGAAGAUCUCGGGACAUGGAGGGGGUGAUAGUGAGAGGUGCAAUGAGAAGAUGGAGAAGGCCGAGAGGAAUUGUGCUAUCCAAACGCCAGGCACUGGACCAGAAAAUGCCAUUGCGCCCGAGGGCACAAGGAAUAUUUAG